UAUACACAUAUAAAUACAUAUAUAUAUGUGUGUAUAUAUAUAUGUCUAUAAUACAUAAAUAUAUGUAUAUAUGUAUGUGUGUAUAUAUAUAUAUAUAUCUGGAAUAACGGAAGGAAUUUAGCUUAUUAACCAGAACCACUUCGAGCCGGCGACUUGAGACAUCGCAGUGAUUUUUCUGUAUUUAUCACACACCUACACACAUAUACGCGCGCACCUAUAUAUAUAUAUAUAAAUAUAUAUAUAUAUAUAAAUAUAUAUAUAUAUAUAAAUAUAUAUAUAUAUAUUUAUAUUAUAUAUAUAUAUAUUUACCAUAUAAAUCAUUAUUAUAUAUAAUAUAAAUUACUACCAAGGAUGACUAAGGAUCGUCUUGCGGCGCUUAAAGCGGCAGUCAGCGAUGAUGAUGAGGCUGAAGAAGUGGCUGUCCAAGUUGAGAGUGGAGGUGGGUUCAUGGAAGAAUUUUUCGAACAGGUUGAAGAGAUUCGGCGAAUGAUCGACAAAAUAUCUGACAAUGUGGAGGCAGUUAAGAAAAAACAUAGUGAUAUACUAUCAGCCCCACAGACUGAUGACCAAAUGAAAGAAGAGCUGGAAGAAUUGAUGACGGACAUCAAGAGGACAGCUAACAAAGUUCGAGGAAAAUUAAAGGCUAUUGAACAAAACAUUGAACAAGAAGAACAUUCUAAUAAGUCAUCAGCCGAUCUCAGGAUACGAAAAACACAGUAUUCUACAAUAUCACGUAAAUUUGUUGAAGUCAUGAAUGAUUACAACACAACACAGAUAGACUACAGGGACCGGUGUAAAGCACGCAUAAAGAGGCAAAUGGAGAUAACUGGCCGUACUACAACUAAUGAAGAACUAGAAGACAUGUUAGAAUCUGGGAAUCCAGCCAUUUUCACACAAGGGAUAAUAAUGGAGACCCAACAAGCUAGGCAGACAUUAGCAGAUAUUGAGGCCCGACAUGAGGAUAUUAUCAAAUUAGAAAAUAGUAUAAGGGAACUACACGACAUGUUUAUGGACAUGGCUAUGUUAGUAGAGAGCCAGGGUGAGAUGAUUGAUCGAAUAGAAUAUAAUGUUGAAGCAGCAGUUGACUAUAUAGAAACAGCAAAAAUGGAUACAAGGAAAGCUGUGAAAUACCAAAGUAAAGCCAGACAGAAAAAAAUCAUCAUUAUCGUCGUCGUAAUUUUGUUACUAGGUCUUUUGAUUGGUCUGGCCUUUGGUCUUAGCUAGUCUUUCUUUGUGUCCUCAUCUAUCACGUCUAUCUGCGCUCCUCUACACACUUCAAUGAGGAUUGCACCCGUUAUCUGCACUGAAUAUUCCUACGUCUGUCCGACAACCCAGUGGCUUGCUGUCAGGCAGGCAACCUACUUGGUUACAUGGUUACCUCGAAAACAAUGCUAUGUUUUGUUUUGUUAUGUUUUAACUAUUAUGUUUGACCACCUCUGUCUGUCUGUGUCUCUUCUCAUGUCUGUCUGUCUGACUGCUUGUCCCUCUGUCUGUUUGUCCCUGUGUCAAUCUGUUUACUAUUCAAUCAUUUUGUAUGAUUGUACCUUUGAUUGUUUUGCUGUGUGAGUGGAUUGAUAGAAUUGAAAUAAUACCUUGUGGUGUUUGUUGUGGCUUUUUAUGUUCUGAGUUCAAAUCAGCUGAGGGUCAACUUUACUUUUUAUCCUUCCAGGGUUGAUAAAAUGAAGUACUAAUCAGGUAUUGGGCUCAUAUAAUUGACUGUUCCUUACCAUUUAUAAGAAAAUAUUAUUAUCAUUAUUACUAAGGCUGAAGGCAGCAAGCUGGCAGAAUCAUUAGCAUGCUGGGCAAAAUGCUUAGCAGUAUUUCAUCUGUUGCUAC